UUCAGUUUGUGUACAAAGAAAGUUUGUGGGUCAUUCAUAGGUUACAUGGCAGUCAACAGAAGGACCGCGAGUAACAAAGUUUGAUGCAACAAAUUCACUCCUGAAAGAGUCGACUUCUCGAGUUCUAGGUUUGGGGGACCACCAAAAUGAUUCUUCUGGAAAAAUUCUACGGAAUAAUGUAACCUGAUGCAAACACUGACGGAUCAUUUUAUUGGAAUUACUCGCACUUGAUUCUUUUGGUGACACAAGAAAGAAGUUUCGGGUAUCGGAUUACCUCGAGAACAUGGUGUUGCUUAGCGGUAGACGGCCCCGUGGCUCAGCGGGCGUUUGCGGAGUGGUCGUGCUGCUGAUUUUCGUGGAGCUGUCAAUCAAUGUGGAGAAUGCACGAAGCGAAUCGAUAUCUGGUUUUGAAGGUCUAGACUUACUGGAAGUCUUCAAGAGUGGAAACUUCACAAAAGGAAUCACCCAAGAACAAGGACCCCUACCUCAUUCUAACAUCUGGCGGUUACGCCCCAAAACAAACCUCAUCACCAUCCCACCGCACCAGAUCGCGCCCUUACGUAACCAACUGAUGAGGAGCCAUGCGUUUAGUGUGUACUUCCUCGCACGGCAGUUAGAACAGACCUCAGGAAUGCUAUUCUCUAUCAGCUCAUUGGAAGGCAGGGUGCUGUUCACAUUGACAUCAAGUUCUCGGACCGGUGAAAUGCGAAUCAGGUACCGAACACGGGAAUCCGAGAGUCUCCUUCAGACUGUUCUUCCGACGCCCUUGAUUGAUUCGGCGCGGUUUGCGCACACGCUUCUUAUUGUUGAUGGAGAUCAUUUGACCUUGUUUACUGAGUGCAAGUCCUCUGUAGAUGUUACGCUUGAAGGUGUCGUGAACUUUGAUCUGAGAGAUGACGCAACGGUCACAAUUGGUCAAGGUCCUUUAGGAAGAAAUAAGUUCAAUGUAAGUAUGAUAGUGUUACUCGGUUUGAGUUUUCUAGUGCUCCUUGUUUAAAGUUAGAGCCGCAUC